AUGAAAACCUUUGAUAAUGCAAUAAAACCUACUUAAAAACCAGUUUGUUUUUCUGUCCAAGAAUUGCUUUAAAGAUACAAAUCUACCAGCAAAGAAUCUGCAUCUACUUCAGAAUAUCAAGAAUUAUUCUAGACAAUUUAAACUGACGUAAAUAGAUCUUUGGAAACUCCUGAUAGCAACAUUAUUUAACAAUCUUAUGUACCUGACUCUAUUAAAAUGACUUCAAAAUAACAUGAAGUUGAAGAACUUCCAAUAGUUUAAGACAAUGAUGUAAUUUUACAAAUCAAUCAUAUGCAUUCUAUCUUCAAAUACUUAUAAAAAGAAGAUUAAUCUUAAAAAUUAUCAACUAAUACUAAUAGUUAACAUAGCACUACUUCCAAACAAACCUAAGAAUCCUUUAAUAAUUAAAUGAAUAGAAAUUAGAGCUAUAAACCAAAUUAACCUAGUCAAAAUUAAAAUUAGCAAUUAAAAAUAAAAGAUAUAUCACCCUAAAGAAGUAAUUCUCCACAUAGAUAAUUUUUACAAAGACCAUAGCACAAUUUAUAAAAAAAUUAAUAAAGAAGUAGAUCGCCUUUUGCUAAAAAUAUAGUUGUUCCAAAACUUACACCUAGAAAUAAUUAAAGAACUACACCAUCUGCUUCUCCUUUCAGAUAGGCCAAAGAAAAUAAUCUAUCGAACAUAAAUCAAAAAACUCUAAGGACUGAGAAAUCUUAAAAUAAAUUAAUUUAAGUUAAAGUAAAAGAAACACAUAAUUAAAAUUAAUCUCAUGUAAUAGUUGACUUUAGCAAAUGUCCUACUCAAAGAGUUCUUAUCAAAUAAGGUAUUAAAUUUAUAAAUACUUUUAGAUUCAAAUCGACCUAAAAUGAAAGUUGAAUUAAGUCUUAAAAGUUUGAUCUCAAAUGGAAUAUGA